AGUUUUGAUUAGUUCGCAAUUUGUCGUUUUGCUCACCGAAUUUAGAUUGUUUUCUUUCGACAAACAAAACGAAGACGACGACUGAGACAAGCUUUUUGGUACCUACCUAUAUAGCAGUUCUGUUAGUGCUAAGGUAGUCAGUCGUUAAUGUAACACGCACUUAGCUACUCGAGAGGUUAACUCGUUUCAGGUUUCUGUACGAUCAAACCGAUAACGAUAAUAAUAUUAUUGUCGUAGUUGCUUAUAUGGGCUCGAAAAUUAUUUAUUCUUUGAGACCAAUGCCUGAUAUUGUUUCGACGUAGGUGCAUACAAUCAUACUUCAUAAUAAUAUAUAGGUAUAGUUGUAUACGAUAGUAGGUAAAUGGUAGGUCAGGUACUUAAGUGUAUAAUAUUUAGUUGGUUGUAAAAUGCAUUUUGUAGCGUGUAAUUUAUCUAGUGAGAGAGAAAGGACAGCGGCUAUAUAUGUGUUCAAUUAUGUUCUUGCAUUAUUCAUGAAAAUUUUGUCAUGCAUCGAGUACCUACCUACCUACUUACCAUUAUUUUUUUAUCUUACUGUGAAUGUUCUUAUAUUGGUACAUAUUAUCGUCAUAAUAAUUGUAAUUCAUUCAAAAAGUUAUAAGAGAGUAUUGAUUAGAUUAGAAGCUAUUACUAGUUGACUUGAUGAUUUUUUUAUUUUUCUCCAUAUUAUGAAUAGUGUGGUUACAUACAGUAGAUAAUCCUUUGUCGUAGACUAUUGAAUGUUUUGUUUUUGAAAUGCAUGAAUUCCAGAUAUUAUUUUAACAGCAUACUAUCAAGAUGACAAAUAAUACGUCACUAUUCCGCGGAGUACGUAGUUCAAAGUUUCGUCAUGUAUACGGAUCCCCGUCCAGGCGAGAAGAAUUGUAUGACAAUAUACCAAUCACACGUAAUGCUCAUGAUUCUAAUUUUUGUGCUGCCAACCCAAAAUUUGUCGCCAUUGUGACUGAAGUAGCUGGUGGUGGAGCAUUUGUAGUACUACCAAUAAAUAAGACUGGUCGUUUAGAUUUAAAUACGAGCAAAGUUACUGGCCAUAGAGGUCCAGUUUUGGAUGUAAAAUGGAAUCCAUUCAAUGAUAACAUAAUUGCAUCUUGUUCUGAUGAUUGUACUAUUAAAUUGUGGUAUAUCCCAGACAGUGGUCUAAGUUGUAACUUGAAUGAAUGGCUGAUAGAGUUACGUGGACAUCGUCGCAGAGUGGGUUACAUUGAAUGGCAUCCAACUGCAGAAAAUGUCAUAGCUAGCUCUGGUUUUGAUUACAUGGUUAUGUUAUGGGAUGCGGGAACUGGUCAAAUUUUAAAUACAAUUGAUUGCCAUCCAGAUAUUGUGCAUUCAUUAGCAUUCAAUAGAGAUGGUACCAGAUUAGCUACAACUUGCAAAGACAAAAAAAUUAGAUCAAUUGAUCCUAGAUCUGGAUUAGUAGUUUCAGAGGGAAUUUGUCAUGAAGGUUCACGUUCGUGCAAGGUUAUUUAUUUAGAUAAUGAACGGUUGUUGACUACAGGUUUUUCAACAUACUCCGACAGGCAGAUAGCUAUUUGGAAUCAUACUGAUUUAUUAGAACCUUUGCAUCGUGUCAAUAUUGAUUCAUCGUCAGGAAUCUUAUUCCCAUACUAUGACUAUGACACAAGAAUGGUUUACUUAGCUGGAAAAGGAGAUGGCAAUAUAAGAUAUUAUGAAAUAGUUGACGAAUCACCAUAUAUACAUUUUUUAAAUCAAUUUAUAUCUGGUUGCCCACAGAAAGGAUUUGGAAUGAUGCUUAAACGUGGCUGUAGUGUGAGUCGUUGUGAAAUUAUGCGAUUUUAUAAAUUACAUACUACUCGUAAUGUCUGUGAACCAAUUUCAAUGAUUGUUCCAAGAAAGAGUGAUCAGUACCAACAUGACUUAUAUCCUGAUACGGCUGCUCCAGUACCAGCAUUGAGUGCCCAAGAAUGGUUUAAUGGAAUCAGCAAACCACCAGUUUUAAUGUCAAUGAAAACAGGGGUUUCAGUGAAAACACAUAAGCCUCAAGCAUUUGUUUCCAAUGAAGCCACUCGCAAUGAUACCAAUUAUCGUAUGAAAUUUGCCUUCCUCUCCAAGGAAACAGUGCCUGAUUAUCGACCACUAGAUAUGUUGCCAGAGAUUGAAAAAAUCCAAAAGACUCAAGUUAAUCAAAAUACGAGAUUUCAACAAAUACAGCAGAAAUUGAAUAAUUCAUUAGUAGGAAAAUUCACUAACAUGACUGAUGGAGAUGAAGAAUGCAAUAAUAUGAAGGAAAACUCAAAUUACAACGAUAAUUUAAAAAAUGAAUAUCAAAUGAAAAAAGCUUUCACUCGUCAAUGUGAAGAACUAAAUAUGCUCAGAAAGCAAUUGGCCCACAGAGAUCGGCGCAUUCAAGACCUCGAAGAUCUCGUUUCCACACUUCAAUCGCAGCUUAAAGUUCAAAGAUUACAGUAAUCAGUAGAUUAUUACAUGGUGCAAUUUUUUCUCUAUAUAUAUAUAUAUAUUUUAAUACUUUUGUGCUUAUGCCUUUUGGCUAAAAGUAUGGCCCAAAGAUUAUGAAACCUAAUUGAGUAAUUAUCAAUCAAAUAAGCUUUGAGCUGCAAUUGUUUUUAAACUAAGAACCAAAUUCAGGGUUGAGACUAAAUGUCUGGAGAAACGAAAAGAAAAUUCUUUUUUUGCACCCUAUUACUUCUGUGAUCAAAUAAUAAUUUUGUAAUUUUUGCAUUAAUGUUUUUGCAUAACCUAUAUUUUUUUUUUAAAUUAGGUUACUAUUUGUCAUUUAUAUAUUUCUGUUAAGCAAUGUAUGUUUUUGCUAGUAAUUGAAAUUAGUUAUUUUUUAUUGCGAGAUAAAAUACAAAUAACUUGAGGUGUCAUAUCUCAUAAGAAAAUGUUUCUUAAAAAUAAAAUAUAUAAAAGAGAGUGUUAAAGUGAAAUCUGAUUGAUUGUAUAUUUUAAGUCUAAAAAAAUCAGUCAAUAUUAUAUAUUUAUACUCAGAAGUAAGAAACGUAAACAGUGCCCAACUUGUGCGCGGGGCUUGGCAAUACUAGAAGACAGGUAUAGACAGGUAUAUAAAUUAGUGACUUGUUGAGGGAGAAGGAGUGAUAAACGGGUGUUACCUGACUGCUGCCGAUAAAAACUGGUUGCUGCUGUUUGCGUUUCUUAUUUUGAUCAGAGUACCUAUAGUUUUAUUAUUUAGUAAUUUUAAAAGACUUUAUUUGGUUAAACUUAGAGAACAAUUAUUAUUAAUUUACUAGCAGCUAAAUAUUUUGAGAAAUGUCCUUGCAUUUUGGUGACUGUUAACAAAAAUCAAAUCAUCAUGGCAUAUAAUAUAUCAUAUAUUUUGUUUUGUUUUAUUAUAUUGUUUGAGGAAUAAACAAUAAUUACAAUUUAUUGUGAAGUUAAACUUAAGAUGUAUUUUCUUUGUCUAUAUGCAAGAUGUCCUCUUAAUCAUUUUGAUUAAUGUCAAACACAAUUAUUUUAUAUCACAUUGACCAACAAAUAAAUUAUUUAAUAUAGACUGAACAAAUUAAAAACAAAUGCUCCAAUAAUUACAAUAAUGUUAGUACUAUACAGAAAUCUAAGUAUAUAGUAUAAACUCAUGUAUUAUAUUAUAUUUAAAUUUGUCUUACAAUGCUACAAACUAAAUGAGGUUUAUUCUGUUAACGCUUUAAUGAGAUUUUCACUGCUUGUGUUAUGGGUUCUAAAAAGAUAUAGAGAAUAAUUUCAGAUAGAUACAUGUUUCUGACAGCCUGUUUUGUUUUUAAUAUAAUAUAUUACAUACAUUUUAUAUCACGUUGUUUGAAUUGUAAUAAGUCUAUAAAACUAUAUAAUAUGCACAGUCAGGUUAGGCGAAAUAACUGCCAAUGUAUUUCACAUGAUAUCAUUAUAUGAAACUUCAAACUGAUUGUCACAUUUAAAAAAUAUAUUUUUUAAGUUUUGUAAUAACGUGCGUUGAACCAUAUUUGAUAUUAUAUAGUCUUAAUAAAUGUGUAUUUUUUUUACAAACAUGAAAUUUAGUCUCGCCUGACGCGCUAUCAAAACGUUGUCUUAUGUCAUUAUUUAUUUUUGAGAAAUAUAAUGUAACUGUUAAAUGAGUUUAGUACGGCGGAUUGAUUUAUGUAUACCUAAGUUUAUUAUAAUAUUGUGCUUUAAUUUUUUUUCAUGCGGUUUUAGAUGUUUAUAAAUAGAUAAAAUAAUUUAUUGAUACAAUUUGUUUGAAAGUUAAUUGGUUAUUAAAAUUCUAAUAGUUAAUAUUUUUAUAAAUUGUCUGAUAUAAUCAACUUCCGUUGACGGUUCACCUCUUAAUAUCGGCCAUUGUCUAAUUCCUUCAAUAGAAGUUCUAUGGACAUUUUACUGUACCUCUAAAACCGCACGAAAACAAGUGAUGGGGAUGUGCAUAUUUUAUUUUAUGAUUAAAUUAUUAAGUUUUUUAGUUUGACAAUUAUUAAGUUUUAUUUUUUAUUAUUUUGCUAUUUUGCUUUUUAUAUACGCUCUACAAAACAGCUAGUAUCUGAGGAUGUUAAUACAUUAUAUUGACAAGUUUUAAUAUUUAUUUGUUUUUAAUUUUUGUAUUAUGUAGAAAUAUGUUCAAUGUCGUACUCACAUUCCCAUCAAAAUAAUAUACGCUUUGAACAAAUAAAUAAAUAGAGUUUGUACCUGUGUUUGAUGUUUUGCUACUAUAAGCUACAAUUUUUUUUUUUUAUAUAUUUAUAUUUAAAUAUUACAUGAAACAUUAAUAUAUAUUUUUAAUUUUUGCUUAUAUAGUUAUAAAUAUACAUGUAAAACGUAAA